CAGGCUGGGGCCGUCCCGGUAAAGCGACGGCGCGGCCGGCGCGGUCCCGCACCAUGGAGGGGCACCUGGCGCGCUGCAAGAUCGUGGUGGUGGGGGACACGCAGUGCGGCAAGACCGCUCUGCUGCACGUCUUCGCCAAGGACUGCUACCCCGAGAGCUACGUGCCCACCGUCUUCGAGAACUACACGGCCAGCUUCGAGAUCGACAAGCAGCGCACCGAGCUCAACAUGUGGGACACCUCAGGCUCAGCAUACUAUGAUAACGUCCGUCCCUUGGCCUACCCAGACUCGGAUGCUGUGCUCAUCUGCUUUGACAUCAGCCGCCCGGAGACUCUCGACAGUGUGCUCAAGAAGUGGCAAGGGGAGACUCAGGAGUUCUGCCCCAAUGCAAAGAUUGUGCUGGUGGGCUGCAAGCUGGACAUGCGGACGGACCUGAACACGCUGCGAGAGCUCUCCAAGCAGCGCCUCAUCCCUGUCACACACGAGCAGGGCAGUGCGCUGGCGCGGCAGAUCGGGGCCGUGGCCUAUGCAGAAUGCUCCUCCAAGGUGUCCGAGAACAGCGUGCGGGAUGUGUUCCACGUGACCACGCUCGCCUCCGUCAACAGGGUGCACAAGAACUUGAAGCGCAGCAACUCCAAACGGGGACUGAAGCGGGUGUCUCAGAUGCCUGGCAGGACGGACUUCCUGAGCGACACCGAGAUCAGGAAAGACCGCGCCAAGAGCUGCUCCAUCAUGUGAAACCCCAUGUAAAUAGCGCGUGUGUGUUGUCCAUUUGUACAGGAACUGGUGGAGACGAGGCUGCGUUGCCAGCCUGCCUUUCCAAAGCCUUUCAAGUCCCUAGGGCUGAGCAAAGGUCCCAGCUGCAAACAGGGGUGCACAAGUUGCCCCUUACCAUGGAGACUUCUGGGUUGGCUGCUGCUGCGUGGGUUGCUUGGGGGGAAGGAGACACUUGGCAGAGGAGUAUUCGGGUGCUGGCAGGUCUGUGACUGGGUGAAACGGAGUGAGAAGGAGUGAUGCUGUGUGUGCCACCCCUCCUGUUGCCAUGGCCCAGCCUCCGGUGUGCAGCUAAAACACACCUGUAGCGUGGUGCUGCAUGGGACCUGGGCUGGAGGGUGGGAGGUGGGUGCUGUUGCCAGCAGCAGAGUGCAAUCAGAAGGUAUUCUUCCAACCUCCCUUCAGAAGAGAAAUGAUGUUUGAGGUGAUGCUGCCUUGAGCUAGGCUGGGCAGCAAAUCACCAUGGAAGGUGCAGGUUUGGGCCGGAGCUGGGAGGGAUGGGAUGUCCUGGGAAGGAACCUUAACCCGACAAGGCACCACAGCAGCCCACCUCCUGCUGUAGGUGCUAUUUUAGGUACUUGAACUCCAUAUGAAAUGCAGCAAGAGUGGAUCUGGCUCCAGGGCAGAGGUGCAUCCCAGUAGCUGCAUCCUACAAGUUGUGGUUCCCUUCAGCAAGCAGAUGCCGCUCAGGAGCUGGUGUCCCUGCUGCUGACAGCCUGGUUACUCAUCAGCCUGCUCCUGCCACGCUUCCGAGGCAGCAGACUGCCAUCACCAUCCCUAUCCUGCUCUCCACCCAUUCCCAGCUGCAGCUUGUGUUGCAUGGUGCUGUGUUUGUCUGGUCCAGGUAACCAAAAGGAUUACACCCUGUCUCCACUGUGGCUGUGGGAGGGAAGGUGCUUGUUCCCCUCCUGCCUGCUGGAAGCCUCCUCCCACACCUCCCAUUGCUUCUGCUGCUGUCCUCUCUAAAUGCCUUUGACUACAGUGUUCGCCUUGACUUCAUGUCACAUAGACACUUUAAGGAAUAAAGAAUCUGCUCCAUUGCCAGGUCCAGCUGUGUCAGUGGGUUCAGAAAACAAAUAAACCUUGUUGGAAAAUGCA